UCUGUCAGAAACCUCCUAGCUUGCCGUUUACGCUUAUGGGAAUGACGUUAAUUGAACACAACUAACUUUAUCUGGGUUUUUUAAACGUUGUGAUAUAUUUGAUUUAUUUGCAGCGCGACAGAAGACAUAAACGAAGUAUAGGCUAUUUGCAGUUUACGUGAAAAUGACUGGAGUUUUCGACAGUCUUAAUACAGAUAUGCAUUCUAACCAGAUUACCUCGAACAACUACCACAGCUUGCACAAAUCGCAAGAGUCGCCAACUCUACCAGUGUCGACCGCAACGGAUAGCAGCUACUACAACAACCAACAACCCGGGCAUUGCGCAGGGUCUCCUUACGGCCAACUGGGCUCUUACCAGUACCAUAACAAUGGCUUGAAUGGUGUUCAAUACAAUAAAUCGUACGACUUAGGUUUCAACUCCUCUUUUGGCACGUAUGGCUCCUAUGGCUCCAACUCAUCGCCGACCCAAACCGAUGCAGAAAAAGAAGAAAGUGAACCUGAAAUUAGAAUGGUCAACGGUAAGCCAAAGAAGGUCCGAAAACCAAGAACAAUUUAUUCAAGCUUCCAGCUCGCUGCCCUUCAGAGGAGAUUUCAGAAAACACAGUAUUUGGCGCUGCCCGAAAGAGCUGAACUGGCAGCUUCGUUGGGCCUUACGCAAACCCAGGUGAAAAUCUGGUUUCAAAAUCGUCGUUCCAAGUUCAAGAAGUUGUGGAAAAGUGGAGAAAUCCCCCCCGAGCAACAUGUGGCCUCUAGUGAGUCUCCUUGCCAUUCUCCGCCAGGCUCCGUGGCAUGGGACUUUCCACAGAAUCAAAGAAUGAACAAUGUAAACUCGGCUCUGCCGCAAAGCAGCAGUCCCCCGAACACAACUGCGCCUUCCUUUUUGGCGAAUUACUCUUGGUAUUCAUCAACGAACUCAGCCACACAUCUUCAGCCCAACACACUAGUAGGCCUACAGCACCAUCACAAUUCAGCUAUGAGUGCUGGGACAAUAUUUUAACAAAUGGCUUUUUGACCUGGAGAAUUACGCCGUUAUCCCAGUUUCCAGUGACUGUUUCCUUAUGGAUGCCGUGACUGAAGUUGGCCAAUUUUAUUUCACGUGCCAGUGUCUUUCUACAAAAUACACUGUUAUUUUUUUUUGUAACGAGAAGUUGCAAACUGGCGGGCGCUGAAGAAGCAGUAUGCGGUUAUUUUUGUAUUUAUUUAUUAUGCUCAUUUUGGUGGCAAAAAAGGGACACCAUAAUUGUUCACCAAACCACUAAAACCCAAAGCGAAGUAGAAUAUAGCAUGCUCCUCAUGCAAACAUUGCUGUCACCUUUCUACAGGAUGCGUAUAUUAAUGUCAUAUGUAGCACAACAUUUGAAAACUGUAUCGUGCCUUUUGAGAAAAUGACCUCAAUUUUGUUGUCCACCAUAAAUGUUUUGUUGUGUUUCUA